UCGUGUUUUUUGCGCGCUUUAGGAACUAGACGUCAUGUCAAGUACCCUGUCUUCAUGAUGCGAAGGUCAUCGCAUGCGGAUUUGAAAGUUGCGGACCGCUCCAGAACUCACUGGGCGAGAAAGAAACGUGUUUCAGUGGAGUUUGGUGUCGGUCUUGUUAGCGCUAGAACGAAAACGUCGCAACUACAGUGCUCUAGAAGGCCCUGUAGUCACAAAGGAACAGCGUUGAGGAUUGCGAUGCAGCUGUACGAGAAAAGGCAUGGCGGGUGUUGACAUCAAGGCAGAGCCGUGUAGCCCCCCAGUCACACCAAUAUCUGACCCUCUAGACAUGGUUAGAAAUGGAAAAUCUGAGCGUCAAGUCUCACUUCCAAGGAUCGCCUCUGUAACCACAUCAACAAACGAUACUGAAACUUCAGCAUUCACAGCUGUGAUGAACAGCGAGAUAAGAAUCUCUGAAGGAUCUUCUACAGUAUCACCUCCAAAAAAGCCCACAAUCAGCUUUGGCAGCCACCUUAAGUGCGACGUGUGUGGGCAGUGCUUCGCAAGAAAGGACUCCUUGAAAAGGCAUCAGUUCCGUCACACGGGCGAGGGGCCACACGCCUGCUCUGUCUGUGGCCGCAAGUUUGUUUAUGGGUCAUACCUCGUACAACAUAUGCGUACCCAUACGGGUGAGAAACCGUACCCCUGUUCUGUCUGCGGUCGCAAGUUUUCAUCCACGCCCAGUCUCAUAAGGCACCGUUUGGUCCACACGGGCGAGAAGCGUUACACUUGCCUCAUCUGUGGGCAGAAGUUUUCUGCCAGGUGCAAGCUCGUUUUGCAUGAGCACGUGCAUACGGGGGAGAUGCCAUAUGCGUGCCAGACGUGCCCAUCCAAAUUCUGCACGAAGGCGGCCUUGGAACGACACAAGCAGCUGCAUGCAAGUGGAGUAGAGAUGUUCCACUGCCCGGUGUGCGGCAAGACCUUUGAGCAGAUUACAGCAAUGAAGCAGCACCUGAAGUGGCACCGGAGGGAGAGGCCACACCUGUGCCAUCUUUGCCCAGCCAGGUUCAGGUAUAAACUUCGUCUCACGAGUCAUAUGUUAACACACACAGGUGAAAAGCCACAUCAGUGUCUCGUGUGUGAGAAACUGUUUGCGUCACGUUCGAACCUUAAUCUGCAUAUGCGUCGAAUGCAUGAUGGAGUUGAGACCACCGUGGUGAGCACCGACAGCAGGCUUGACGUCACGAUGCCAAAUAACCCUCUGACCAUACUUUCUCCCGAGGACACUAAUAAAACAGGAGCCUCUCAAGAAGCACUUGAUAGUAGCAGCACAGAAAGUUCAAGAGAUAUCAUGGAUAGCAACUCAGGGAUCUCUGAAGGUGCUGAAGCUUCAUUACAGGAAAAGCCCAGAGACAGUACCAACAUCUGCCAUGAGCAUAAUGUGUACAGGCAGCAAUUUGCAAGCACAGACUUUAUGCGAAGGCAACAGACGACGUCAGCCUGUGUGAAGCAGCAUGCCUGCUCCGUCUGUGGCCAGAAGUUUUCUCAGCCAGCACAUCUUGUCCAGCACCAGUGUGCCGACACAGUUGAGAAGCCUUACGCGUGCCAGAUGUGCCCAUCAAGAUUCUGUGCGAAGGUUACAUUGGACAGGCAUGUGAAGCUGCAUGCAAGUGGAGUAAAGAUGUGCCACUGCCCAGAGUGUGGCAAGGCCUUCAAGCAUAUGAGAGCUCUUCAGGAGCAUCUUAAGUGGCACAGCAUAGAGAAACCACACCCAUGCCACCUAUGCCCGGCCAGAUUCGCAAGGAAAUCCCACCUGGAGAGUCAUGUGGUAACACAUACGGGUGAAAAGCUCGAGUGUCCCAUGUGUGAGAGACUCUAUUCGAGGCAUGCAGAUCUCAAAAGGCAUAUGUGCCAGAAGCAUGAUGGAGUCAGAACUACUAAAGACACUGACGGAAAUGAAAUAGGACACACUGAUGAAUCACUUGACGGUAGCAGCACCAAAAAUUCAAGAGACAUCACGGAUGGCAAUCCAGGGACCUCUGAAGGCGCUGAAGAUUCACUACAAGAAAAGCCCAGAGUUAGCGACAGCACCUAUCACGACCACGAAUAUGAUGUGCAUGGCCGGCCAUUUGAAAGCAAGGACUGUGGCAUGGCUGGUGUUGACAUCAAGGCAGAGCCGAGCAGCCCUGAAUCUACGCUACAUUUUGACCUCUGAAGGAACUACAGUAUCACUUCAGAAAAAGCCCAUAAUUAGCAUUGCCAGCUGUUUCGUGUCGUCGAGAAAUCCUUGAGCACGAGGUGUCGCUGGAGCCAACGUUUCAACAAGUGGUCUUGUCUUCUUCAAGAAAGCAACUUCUACCUCGCUCAGCCUUUUUGUGUGUGACGUGUUGGAAGUGCUCUUCAAGCAAGAGCUGUUCGAAGAAGCAUCAGAUUUUGAACCCAGGCAAGAAGCCACACAUGCCUGCCCGUUCUUCAGCCGCAAAGUUUGCUGAGAGGUCAACUCUCGUCCUACAUGAGUGCAUUCAUAAUAGUGAGAAGCCGUCCUCCUGUUAAGUCUGCAGCCGCAAAUUUUCUCAUAGGCACAGUCUCAUAACGCACUAUCUCAACCACAUGGGUUGGAAAUCCUACGCUUGCUUAGUCUGCGGCUAGAAGUUUCUCUAGGAAGUGGAAAAUCGUCAGACAUGCUAGUGUGUGUACGAAUGAGAUGCCGUAUGUAUGCCAAAUGUGGCCUUCCAAAUUCCGCAUUAAAAGACCUUCAGACAGACACAAGCAGCUGUCAUGCAAGUGGAGUAGAUUUGCCUCUGCCCAGAGUGCGGCAAGACCUUCGAACGCUUGAAAUCUCUUUUGGAGCACUUAAAGGGGCCCUGCAACACUUAUUCAGCAGGGUCAGAAAAUGCUGCCAAUCGGUAGUCAAGGCUCCUGAGAAUAAGAGAGCCAAAUAUUAUAGUGCAGCACACGGCCUGGAAUUUCCAAUUAAUUCUCAAAGUCGGCUAGAAAUCGUUCCCUUUUCUCUCGACAAAUGAUGCCAUAAACCCAAAUGAUUGCACCGAAAACCCAAAGUACACGGCCAUUGGCUGAUUAGAGCAUCGUGAGCUACUUAGUUACUGCGGCAGCCAUGGGAUGCUGCCACCUGCCCGUGUGCAAACUCAUGAUCGCACUAAAAGUAAGCCGUGUGUUCGAAAAAAAAAACAAAGUGCUCAAGGUCAUGAUGCACGCUGACGAAAGGACGCUUCUUGCCCCCUUGGCAUCUGCCCCUGGUGUAGCUUUCAGGGCACUCGCUGGUACAAAAGGAGAAAGGAAGCGCCUAAAGCAUGUGACAAAUCCCUACCUCCGCUCAUACCUGGCAGAUUCUGAAAAUUUUCGCAGCAGUUGAUUUGUAAGGCAAUAGGCUCUUUUAUAGAAGUCAUCGAUGAUUACUUGAAAAAGUGUUGCAGGGCCUCUUUAAGAUGCCACGCUACAGAGAAGCCACGCCCAUGACAACUUUGCCCAGCUAGAUUCACCGAGAAACGCCAUCUUGAAAAUCAUAUGGUUACGCACAUGAGUGAAAAGUCGUAUAUAAUUGUCUCUAUGUGAGAGACUCUAUUCUUUGGAAGCAGACCUCAAGAUCUACGUUCACCAACUGCACGAUAGAAUCAAGAGCACUGAGUCGAGUACUGACU